AGACUUUACUUCUCUCAUUCCUCUCUCACCUAACUUUUAAAGUCUCUCUCUUUUACAUUUUUAUAUAUAUAAAAAAACCUUAAAUUUUUCAUUGUUGUACUCGCAGAUUCUCGAAUCUCUCUGAGAUUUUCAAAAAAUUGAUUUGAUGGGUUGUACAACUUCCAAGCUCGACGAUCUUCCGGCGGUGGCGCUUUGUCGCGACCGUUGCGGUUUCUUAGAAGCAGCGAUUCAGCAGCGUUACGCUCUCUCCGAGUCACACGUGGCUUACACACAAUCCCUGAAAGGAAUCGGCCAGCCUCUUCACAGCUUCAUCGAUCACCACCACCGUUUCGCCGGAGGAGAGUCUCACGACCCGGAAGUUGAAGACGAUUCGCCCAAGAAACCGAAAGUUAACUCGGAUUCCGGGUCAGGUCAUAUAGAGUUCGAUUCGGAUUCCGACGAAAUCGAUUCUUUGCAUCACUCUGAUCACUCGUCCCCUCUGCAUCACCAUAUCGACGACGAGGAUUACCCGAAUUCGAAUCCUCCUCCGUCUUACACUGGCUCGUAUUUGCAUAUGAACUACAUGAAGAACAGCUCGAUGCCUCCUUCCGUCGUCUACGAGCAGAGACCUUCGAACCCUCAGAGAGUUUACAUCGGCGAAUCAUCAAACUCUAGCUAUAAUCCAUACCUUUAUCCUCCCAAUUCGAGUAACCCGUACCCGAAUCACGGACCCGUAUCUUCAUCGUCGUCGAAACCGCCUCCGUCACCACCAUCUCCGCCGAAGUCAACGGCUUGGGACUUCUUGAACCUGUUCGAUUACGAGCCCUACACUCUUACUCGGGAUUCGAGAGAGGUGAGAGAGGAAGAGGGUAUUCCGGAUUUGGAGGAAGUGGGUUUUCAGCGCGAGGUUGUGAAGGAAGUACAGGGGAAACAGAAACUCGUCGCCGGAAAACCUCCGGUUCCCGCCGUUGAUGAGAAGGAAGAGCCCCCAGGUAACUCCGGUGGUGCCAGCACUAGCGGCGGUGGUCAGGCUUCUCUGUAUCAGACUAGGCCAAGCGUGUCGGUUGAGAAAGAAGAGAAGGAGUACGAGGUUCAUGUCGUGGAGAAGAAAGUUGUUGAGGACGGCGGAGACAAAGUGCGGAGGAGUAAUCCGGCGCCACCUGGCGUUGGAGGAGGAGGAGGUAGCGGCGGCCGGCGUGGUGUCCCUGAGGUUGCGAAAGAGAUAGAAGUUCAGUUCUUGAGAGCCGCAGAGUCAGGAAGUGAGAUUGCAGUGAUGCUUGAAGUGGGAAAGCAUCGUUAUGGUCGCAAACAUGUUUCGUCGAAGAUGCUUCACGGGGUUCCUGCAUCGCCGUCUGUUGAGUCGUCAUCUCAACCAUCAACCUCCAAGAAAGCUGAAUCCUCUUCUUCUUCGGCGGCGGCUGCACCUACUUACGCAGACAUUGAGGCAGAGCUUGCAUUAAGGUCUCGUACUCUUUCUUCUACAUUGCAUAAGCUACACCUCUGGGAGAAGAAGCUCUACGAUGAAGUCAAGGCAGAGGAGAAACUGCGUUUGUUACACGAGAAAAAGCUAAGGAAGCUGAAGCGUUUGGAUAGAAGAGGUGCAGAGACUCCAAAAGUAGAUUCAACAAGAAGAUUAGUGAGAAGUUUGUCCACUAAGAUAAGGAUUGCGAUUCAAGUCGUUGACAAAGUAUCCAUUACGAUUAACAAGAUAAGAGACGAAGAGCUAUGGCUGCAACUGAAUGAAUUGAUCCAAGGGCUUAGCAGAAUGUGGAAAUCAAUGCUUGAUUGCCAUCGAAGUCAGUGUGAAGCUAUUAAGGAAGCUAGAGGUUUAGGCCCUAUUAGAGUAAGCAAAAAGCUCGGUGAUGAGCAUCUUGAAGCUACAAAGAAGCUUGGGAAUGAACUUAUAAAUUUGAUAUUAGGGUUCUCGAGCUGGAUUAGCGCACAAAAGGGUUUCGUGAGAGAGCUGAAUAGUUGGCUUAUGAAGUGUCUUAUCUAUGAACCUGAGGAAACUCCUGAUGGAAUCGUUCCUUUUUCUCCUGGUCGUAUCGGUGCUCCAUUGAUUUUCGUGAUCGUUAACCAAUGGGAACAAGCUUUAGAUAGAAUAUCAGAGAAGGAAGUGAUCGAGGCCAUGCGCAGAUUCACAACGAGUGUGCUUCAUCUUUGGGAACAAGAUAGGUUAGAAACCCGGGAAGGGAUGUUAGGGCACGGUGGUGAUUCGAGGAACGUGGACCGAGAGGAACAGAGGAUACAGAGAGAGAUUCAAGAACUUGAAAAGAAAAUGGUUCUGUUGGGUCAAGGCGAUGAUAGCGUCGUCUACCAAAUCGACACUGGUAACGAGAGCUUACAAGGUAGUCUUCAGCGUGUUUUCAAAGCUAUGGAGAGAUUUACAGCUGAAUCUAUGAGAGCUUAUGAAGAUCUCUUGGAGCGUGCUGCUGAAAAAGAAAGCAGCUCUCAAGAAUCAGAGGAAGAGUAAUGGAAAACCAUGAAGGAAGAUAUGACAUGACUAAGAGAUCUAACUUUUGCUUGGCCUUUGUUGCAUGAUCCAUUUUGACGGUCUGUACACUAGACCCAAGUACCAGACCUGAUUCAUAUAUGGUUGGUAUAUAACGCAACAGGGAAGUUAACAUACUGAUUAAGUUAGCCAUGAGGAAGAAUAUAGAGGAGGACGUUUGGCUAGGAAGAUGGAGAAGAGGAUUGACAAAAGUGGCUAGAGUGGAAGUGAAGAGAAGUGUGGCUAAGUCUUUAGGGAGUUUCUCUCUCAGUAAGAGACUUAGGGAGUCUUCUCUUCGUUUCCACUGUAGCCACUUUUGUAGAUCCUCUUCUCUCCAUCUUUCUUAGCCAAUCGAUCUUUAGCUUUCUUCCUCAUAAAGGCAAGCGGUAUAGCUAACUUAUCACAUACCAUCUUCCUCAGCCUGGAGGCAAGAACCGCUGCCAAACAUGGGAUAAAGAGGUGAUGCAAGUUACAAAUGUGUUAAAAGGAGGGAUGUGUGAAGAAGACAUCUUCUUCUUUUUGUGUUCUUGAUAUGUUCGGUUGCACAUAAUAUACUUGGGGAAAAUGUUAUGAGAGUUAUGUAGAAUCUGUACAAAGGUUUUUAUGAGAGUUUUGUAGAAUAUGCACAAAAGUUCGCAUACGAUCAAUUGAUGAAAACCCACCUAUAGGGGAAACGAACAAAAAAACUUUAAGUUCUUCAUAGUGAUUUGGAUCAAACUACUCUAUGGGAAUCCUGAAAAGCAUUCAAUCCUC